CGCCAGGCCGCCGCUGCUACGCUAUCUGCUUCUCCGAUCGAUCGAUGCCAUUGCCAGAGGCAAACUCCUUUAUUAUUUUUCAAAUGUGCCCACGAACCAUAUCAUCGUUGGACGCGUCGUCGACGGGAGCCAGGUUCUCUGCUGCUGACCAUUAGUGUUUAAUGAUGGACAAUACCGUUGCUGGUGUUUCAGUUUUCAUUAACGGACGUACACUAAGCUGCCUGACCUGUCCGAAGUCCAGUGCAUCCUGUGCCAAUCUUUGGCAUCCGCUGCAGCGGGUGAUUUCGUACGAAGAACUUUUGGGCAAGUAUGGACGGAAGGUGAACCGUGACCAGUACGAUGCCAUCGAUAUCUACACGUGUCCCGCGUGCGGUCAAGAUCGUCUCUCGAUUGAGACUCUGUAUGACCAUUUUCGUGCCGAGCACCACCGCCAGCAGCAAACCAACGGAGAGAAGGCGGAGUUUCGUUGUCCAGUUUGCGUUUGCUUUCGACUGGAAGAUUCGACGAUGUUUGUCGCUAAUGACCUGGGACUGGUCGGGCAUCUGAUCUCACGCCAUUGUUUCGCCAGCGAGCGCCUGUACAGUGAAGAGCAUGAGCUGCGUGCACGAUACUGCUAUGAUGAUGAGACCGAAUUGGUGCGCUUCUUGGCCAUCUUUCUACCACCGAGCACCGCGCGCCUUGAUUCGGAUUGUGGUCGCAGCUCGUUAGGCGGGAGAAAUGGCGAGGGGAUAGAGUGUCCGAUCUGUUUGGAACAAAUCGAUGGUAAUCGUUGCCGCCGAUUAUCGUCCUGCAGCCAUCAGUUCCACGACGAGUGCAUCGAUCGUUGGUUGCAGGAAAAACAAUGCUGUCCGGUAUGUCGAACGGAUUGUUCCGGUUCGAGGCGCAACUAAAGGCACUGGGAAUGUGUCGCUGCUAACAGUUUUAAUCACUCGAAAUAAUCAAGGUGCUAGAAAUAAUCAUUUUUUCAGUUAAUAAAA